AUGGCCGAGUCAUACUUCAAGAACCUUCCCGCAGAGCUACGCAUCCUCAUCUUGCACGAAAUCCCAGAUUUUGAUUCUCUCAAGUCAAUUGUUCUUUCAUCACGAGAAUACUAUAGGGCGUACCUUGCUGCGCGAGAACAAGUAAUCGACUCCGUUUUAAAUACACAAUAUGGGGGCCUUAUUGACAUGGCAGAUGCACUCACCGUAGUGCGGUCCAAAGGUCUCUGGUGGAGGUUUCACCAAGAAGAAGCUGUUUCCGUACUAGAUGCAUGGCGUCGCAGAGCAGAGAUUCGUAAGCUUAAUCUCACACCAUCAAUCCAAUUAGAUGGGCCAAGUGGCCCGGAACAAAUUACAAAAAUAUUUUAUCUAUAUCGAGUGUUGCACUUCUUUCUAGAAGACUACGCCAAAACCGUACCACGGCCUGAAUGGAUACAAGCUACUCAAUGGAACUUGCCUCUCCAAUUAUCUGACACGGAAAAACGCCGUUUCCUGAGGGGGUUAUGUCGGCUGUAUAUCUAUUGCAAUAUUUUUGGAACGGUUGAGAAGAAUGUUGGUUAUGACUUAGAGGAAGAGGAAAAAAACGAGUGGUUUGUGGAUCUUAUAGAUAAUGAUGAGCUUCCGGACGACUACGAUUUGUUUUAUGACACGAUGCAUCCGUGGGAAUGUGAGGAAUUGGGAUGUGUAUGGUCAUACUUGAUGGCAAAAUACAAAUUUUUGUCAACAAAGAUUUGUACUGAUUUACGCAAUCUCGCAUCUGCUUGUGGCUGCGACUGGCUUUGUGAAAUUACUCCAGAGGAGGAACGCCCACCUGCCGGGGUCGCGGAUGUGGAGGAUCUCUGGGAUCUCGGAGUAUUUGAUAGAGAGCUCGAAUCAUUCAUCUUACUAGGACCAGAGUUCCUCUAUCGUGUUCUAAAUAAUACGGAUUACCUACUCCAGCGCAAUCUAGUAUUGAUUAAUAAGCCCCCCUAUUAUCCUGACCUGGGGCGCUUCAUUCCCUAUGACGCCGGUUUUUGGAAUAGUGUGCUCUACACCCGGAAGUCUGAGAACCAGUUUAAUAUCCCAGAUUUCGAACAGCACUGGUCCAUGCUGCCUCCUUUUGAGCAGCCUAAUAUUGGUUGGAAAAUGGCAUGUUUAGUGCCCCAUACGCCGCAACAACGACUCUGGGAUUCAUUCAAUCGAGCCCGAAAGGUAGGUCAAGGCUGGGAAUGGGGAUACGCUAUAUGGGACGAGGAGCGGCUAGAAGGGUGGAGAGGUGACUGGGUAAACUUUCUGUUGAAUUCACCAGAAUUAACAAUAGAACGACCAGACCUUUUUGAACUCUAUAGAGGUCACGACGAUAGACGAAUAUAG